AUGCAAAUAAAUAACAGCCCUAUUUCUAAGUGUAGUUAACAAAAAGAAUUGUCCUUGGGUAUUUCUAGAUUUCAACAAAUAUUUUAGAAAUCAGAGUUCUGGGAGGGUAUACAUUCUAUCCCAGAUCAUUAUGACAGUGAUAGCAUUAUAAAAGGAGAUAUUAUCAAGAUGAGGCUAGCGGAUGGACAUAAAAAUAAUUAAAUCUCCAAAAUUUCCACAUAUACUGAACUAAAUAUUCAGUACUAAACUUCAAAAGUAUUAAAUGACCCAAAGGGAGUAUAUCAAGAACUAAAGAGUUUUCUUAGUCCUACUUGGAGAUAUUCUUGUAUAUAUCUUAAACUAAGUGAAGGAAUUGCAUAAAUUGGUGUUGGUCCACAGAGAUUUUAAAUAUGA